UAUGCUGGGAACUCUUCACCCAUUUUUCAGACUUCGUUCUUGUGAGAAGCAAAACAUGAAAAUGAAAUCCUCAAAAUCACUGAGCUUAUUGGGUAUCUUGACGACCAUCAUCACUAUUUUGCACUUUAUCGAGCCAGUUUGUUGUGCACUCUCAUUCUGCCGGAACAUUUGUGGAGGAAUCAAUGUUAAUUAUCCAUUCUCCAUUGACGAUGGUUGUGGUGCACCCCAGUAUCGGAAAAUGCUGAACUGCAGUGGAGAUCUAUUCUUCUUAACCCCUUCAGGUAGCUAUAAAGUACAAUCAAUCGAUUAUGAAAAACAAACCAUGGUGGUGUUUGAUCCAAGUAUGUCAACAUGUAGUACAUUGCAACCACACCAUGAUUUUAUCAUGACUGAGAUACAAUCUGUUGUGAUGCCGCCAACAGCAGACACCAUUUUUAUUCUUCUAAAUUGUUCGAUUGAUUCCCCUGUUCUCAACCAUUACCGUUCGCUCUGCUUCAACUUCUCGGGUCACUCAUGUGAUGAGCUAUAUAAUUCUUGUACUUCUUUUAGGCUUUUUCAUCCACUUUCACCUAAUGGAACGGUGACCACUGGUUACUCGUCUUGCUGUUACACAAAUUAUAACACUGUGAAGUUGAUGAGCAUGAACAUACUCGAUUGUUCGCAUUACACCACCACCUAUAACACGGAUGAACUCGAGGGUGUAGGACCAUUGGAUUGGUCUUAUGGAAUUAAGCUUUCUUACAUGGUCCCGAAUGCUGGUUGUGAUCGCUGCCAACGAACAGGUGGGACUUGUGGAUUCGAUACUGAGACCGAGAUUCCGAACUGUGCUUGUGAAGGCUCGUCGAACUCAACUAGAGAAUGUGCUGGCGGCAUCACAACUGAUGGAGCAUCGAAACGCACUCAAAGAGAAUUCUAUCACAUGCUUAUAUUGGUUAUGGGAGCAUUUUGCUAUCUAAUGUCAUCGUAAAAGAAAAUGUGAACAUUGUUGUUUUCUCCUUGGUUCAAUUUUUUUUACAACUCCUCAGCUUUCAAUAAAUGCAUUUAACUAACAUACAUUCCGGCA